AUGGGUGAAAGCGUCACAUAUGCUGAGCUACAGUUCUCCAAGGCCCCCUUGGGACGAAGUGUGAGCCCCCAGGCACAAGGGGAAGACUGGCAGCAGGGGGAGCACCUGGAGCAGGACCAGGCAGAGCUGAUGCGGAUGCAGCAGGAGGGGAAUUGCAGCCAGACCAAGCUUCAGAAGAUGAGGGGGGAGCUAGAACAUGCACAGCAGCUGGUCCAGAAACUGCAGCAACAGCUGGACAGAGCCCAGGCCACUGUGCAGUCCUGCCAGGUCACAGACUGCUGCCUGGAGACCUGGAUGCUGCACGGUGGGAAGUGCCUGUUCCUCUCGAAGGAGGAGAAGACCUGGGAUCAAAGCAAACGCGAGUGUGAAGUAAAAUCCUCUCGGCUCCUCAUCCUCCAGGACUGGGACCACGGGACCAUGCUGAGCUUUCUUGCCCACACGGACACCCCGUACUGGAUCGGACUCAGAUUCACAUGGGACUACAAGUCGCGCAUGCAGCAGUGGCAGUGGGAGGACGGCACCCCGUACAACCCGCCUGGGAGUAGGACACGUGAUGGUGUUUUUGGAACAAUAAGAGGGGGCAGAAUAGAGAGAGGAGGCUGGUACUAUGAUAAACACCGCUGGGUGUGCGAGAGGCCGGCCGGCUGCCCCCAGGGAACCGCAGGGACUGACCCCAGGGCAUGAAGGCACGAGGGUCCCAUGACUAUAAGAGCAAGUGUCCACAGCAUCGCAGCGCCAGGGACUCAUGUCCCCUUCCCCACUUGUCAGCUGGAUCCUGCACCCCCACACACGAGGUGGGACUGGCUCUGGCUGCCCCGCUCAACCUGCCUCUUGGCUUCAGCUCGUGGCUCCAGGGACCAGCUGCCACCUGCACCCGCCUGAUCCCCUCGCAGCGCCAAGGACUCAGCAUCGCCUGCUCUGGGAAACGGACCAGCAGACAGGGCCUAGCAAAGGCAUUAGCGGAUGUUCCCAGGACCCCGGAUUGAUUCCAGAGCUCGGCUGCCAGACCCUGCAGGCCUGAUCCAGUCAGACACGGCAGCAUCUUUGACCUGCCCCCAGCACACGUAGGGGUGGAGGGGCUAAGGGCACAUCUCCUUUCCCAGCAGUGGGUUCAGCAGAGCGGUUAUGUGGUGCUGGCAGGUGUCUGCUGAUGACCACCUGUCCAAGUUGGCUCCAGCUCUGCGGGUCACAGCUCCUGCCUUCCUUCCUGUCUGCUCCCAAGGGCCUGGCCAUUUUACUGGCCUCCUCAGAGUUUAUAGGCCAGGAGCUGUACUGGGCCCCACGGGCUGCAUACAUGAUGCCCAUGCAUGGGCCCUGGCAGCAGGGCUGGAGGGGAACCUCCCACCCACCAGGACUUGCACCUGCCUCCCGCUGCCUUGUGCGCCAGGCAAACAUGCACCAACCCCACUGUCCCCUGGCUGCAGCCCCCUCCCCACAGCAGCCCACACUGAUGCAGGACCAGCAGGCUUAGCCCUGUUCCCUCAUCCCAGUCACCGGCCUUCUCCCCUGUGCCCACACAGGCCAGAAGAAGCCCCUGGGGCCAGGUCGAGGGUCCCAGCAGCCCUUCAGGCACUUUCCCUGCGACUGUGGUGUCUGUUGCUGGCAUGAGCAUUGCCAUUGGGGACCCAUGCAGACCAAGGAGCCAGCUGUGCACUGCAGGACCAUGGGUGCCCUCAUCCUGUCCCACAGAGCUUCAUGCUGGGGACCUCCUCAUGCCCAGGGACACAGGGGAGGUGGGACGCAGCAUGGUACAGGCCUGUGUAUUGAACGCUGUAAAUAAGCCGGGAUAUACAUUGCUGCCAUUCAUGCCAAUCAUGAUCAUCUUCAUAUUAUUAAA